AUGGAGGCCAAAACGGCAAUCGCGGUUUUCAAUCAAGGAAGCAACGAGUCCUUAAAUGAUGCGUGGGAAAGAUUCAAAUCCAUGCUUAGAAAAUGCAAGGGUCAUGGUUUUGAUGAUCUCACACAAAUCCACAUUUUCCGAAAUGGACUUCAACCGGUGCAUAAGACACUUUUGGAUGCUACCGCGGGUGGCUCUCUAAUGUCAAAAAGCGCGGAGGAUGCAAUAAUGAUAAUCGAUCGUAUGGCACUCAAUGAUCUCCAAACUCAACAUGAUAGGAGUCCAUCACAAAGGAAGCCGGGUGUUCUCGAAUUAAACACCAAUGAUGCUAUCCUUGCUCAAAACAAGAUUCUUUCUCAACAAGUUGAGUUACUCACUAAGCAAAUGUCGAAGCUUCCACAACAGAUGAAGGAAAUUCAUGGGAUGCAAAUGACUUCUCACGUAGCAAGUUGUGAGCUUUGUCAAGGUUAUCAAAGGCAACCUCCACCUCACAAUAACCCGUACCAAAGAAACAACCAAGGAUUUCAACCCUCAAGAUUCAACAAUCAACACUAUCAACAUCAAAGUCCUUAUCAAAGCCCAAAUCCUCAAGUCCAAGGUCAACAAUCUCAAGGUGGGAGCUCAAAAUUGGAAGACACUCUUACACAAUUCAUGCAAGCAUCCAUGGCUAACCAAAGGAGCAAUGAAGCGGCCAUAAAGAAUUUAGAAAAUCAAGUGGGUCAACUUGCAAAGCAAUUGUCCGAGCAACAACCGGGAGCAUCCUUUUCCGCCAACACCCAAACCAAUCCUAAGGAACAUUGCAAAGCCAUUGUUACAAGAAGUGGGAAGAAGGUGAAUAAUGGUGUGAAUGAAGAGGUCAUAGUGGAAGAUGAUGAGGAGGUAGUAGUUGGAGAGGAAGAAGUAGAAGUGAUAGUUGAAAAUGAGGGAGAAAAAAGUGAGGAAAAGAUAGAGGAAGACUUAGUUGAAAAAGAAAGAAAAGGCGAUUCAAGCAAGUGUUGUUGUUAA